AUGCUGUCAAGUCAAUACUCUUUCGAAUUGCCGGUAUCGCUGUUCAUAUUGCCGUUCAAGCUCUUUUCUCUUUUGGAAUCGGUGCGAAGCGCAUUCACGGCGUACCUGAUGUUCACCGAGGAUUAUAUCCAAAGAUUUGUGUUCAUCUUUUCCCGCGGGUUUAGCCAUCAUGCCGCUCUUGUCCUAUUUCUCACCAUCUUCUUGCUUGGCGCCGGGCUAUAUGAUACUUUGCUUUGGGGUCUUGAUUCGCCUGGCUAUAUUGCGAUGAAGAAAAACAUGACCGGUGCAUCUGUGAAGCCUCAGAUGCUAAAACGACCGGGGUACGUAAUAUUCUCUUCUACGAGGCCGGGGGAGGUCGACGGACUUGACAAACACUUUACAGAGCUUAUGAACAGCAAUUUGUUCGCGUCGAAUUUAAAUUUCUCUCUGACAGGGGACGUCGCCCUGGGGACACCAGAGAUGACUCCGCCCACACGCAAGUUUGAUCCCCAAAAAGGUGUCGGGCCGCGAAUCUGGCUAGAUGACGAAGGGUUCUCUGUGUCACCCGAUACAUAUGUGACGUUUGGAGGAAUAAUCGACGAGGAGGAGCAGAAAGCAUACGACUGCCCUUGGAUUCCAGGCCCAGAUGACUCGGCUUCAUGGGAAUGUGCUUUCGAUAAUAGCUUCGCAGGAACAUUUUUAAAGGAUACUUUGAUCGGUGUGCUAGAAAUUCAUUGGGAUGAUGCUACAGACCAACGAUACCUCUCAGAGUAUCUCCGGCCCAACCGAGAGGAUAAUCCCUGGGCUGUACUAGGAGUCGGGGGUGAUACGGCUAUUAUGAAGCAGAUGUUUAGCAUCACAAAGGGCCGAAGCAAACAUACGUUUCUUAGCACCGCAAUGAAAAUCUCCUCGGUUUACGACUAUAACGCACCUUUCCCCGCAGAUGAGGUAUACGACCUUAUCAAGAGAUCUUGGUCCACAGAUCCUACACAGUCGAACGACCCGGUCAUUCGGCAGAUUUCGGAGAAAAUUGGAAACGCCAGCGCUGGUGGAGUCCACAAGGUUGAGAACUCUAUCGCCCAGGCCAAUUUUGAAUUCCUGAAUCCAGAGGGAACGCCAGGCAAAGUUAUCUUUUCACUUUUCCGAAUAUCUGUGGUCAAUAUCACACUUGUUAGGUCGGAAACACUCCCCGAACCCGUCAGGCCUUUUGAAAGUGCGAUAGGUUUUAUCAUAACCAAGCAACAGGAGGGGAGCCAAAACAACACUGGUGCACGCUUUUUUGGGGAGAUUGAUACCUCUGCCGUUCUCAUUAUCAGUGGCACUCUGGGCGAUGGUAGCUCAAAUAUUAGCUCGAAAGCCUUCAAUCAACGAGCCUUCGAAUGGCUUGCGAAAAACGAGAAUAGACUUGACAAUCUCCUCCUGUCUCGAGGGUAUAUAAUGGCCAUCGAUCCGGCUCUGGUCACCCUUGAAAUCAGCAGAGCAGGACCAGCGAUGUCAUUGUGA